AUGGGAGAACUCAAAUUCGACCAAUACUAUGUUAACGAUUCCCUUGAUAUUAAUGCAUUAAUUGGUGUCUCAGAUGUGAAUCAUGUUAUUUUACAUGUUGAAAGAGAUUAUUCUAUAGAAGAUUUCUAUAAUUUUGGUCAAGGUGAUGAUUAUAAAAAGCCUGCUUUAAUAGCUAUUUAUUCGGUAAAAAGUGCAAUUGAUAAACUUGAUGAUACUCUGAACGAAGGUGGUUUGAUUUUGGAUAAUAUGCGCUUUAUUGGAUCAAAAACCAAUGAACGAUUACUGUUUUCUUUCUACAUAAAUGAAACUGAUCAGAGGCAAUUUUCUAUAGUAAAUCCGCACAGUCUUACUAUUAAAGAUGCAGAAUUAAUAUUUAGAGAAAUAGAAUGUUACAAAAGGCUAAAAGCUUGUACUAUUUUGUUUGAUUACAUUAUAAAAGUUGAAAGCAAACAUUUAAAUAUCAAAAGUUUAGAUGAUCAUGACGGUUGGUCUAUCUACAUAAAAAAAAGGGACGUGAAAAGUGAAGUGCUAGAAGAUGGUCAAGAUAAUGAAUUCGAUCCAUUAUUCAAGAAUAAAUCCUUUGAUAAACUUAUUGACUCUUUUUAUGGAACGGAUAGUUAUUAUAACUGA